AAUUAUAACAUAAUACAUUAUCAAAAUAAUACGCCACAAAUUAUUAAAAAUAAGGUCGUAAAAUCGGCUAUCUUCCUCUGCUUCCCAAGAGUUCACUCACCGGCGCCACUGCAGCUCCACCGUCCUACGCCGCCAUCGGAGCUACCAUUUUUCCCGGGGAAAACUGUCACCUUCUUUUAUCAAAAAAAGGUUAAAGAGAAAAAAAGAAGCUGAAGCAUAGCUAUGAUCAUAGUAUUCUUCAAGUUCAUUUUAUCAAACACAUAGAAUGCAUUCGAGAGUAGGGUUUCUCUUAGCAUGCACGAAAAGGAGGUCUUCUACAUCUACUUGUUCUACGGUUCUUCUAUCUACUCUAUUCUCUUCUCUUCAUAAUCGGAAGAUAUUCGCGGCUUGUCACCGCCGGAUUUUGAUCGGUAGUGAUGUAAGUAAGGUUUAUUUCUUCAAUGAAUCGAUUUUUUGUGGAUUGGGACAGCUGCGUGGGUUUUGUAGAUACCCUGGUACAGCAGCUUUAGAGCAAUUCUCCGACGAUGAAUAUGAAUGCGACUAUGAAAAUCAUCCGGCUUCGUCAUCAGUGGCCAAUGUAGAUGAGUGGAAAUGGAAACUUAGCCUGCUGUUGCGCAAUGAGAAGGAUCAAGAAGUUGUAUCCAGAGAUAAACGGGAUAGAAGAGACUAUGAACAGAUAUCCAACCUUGCUAAAAGGAUGGGUCUCUAUAGUGAAAUUUAUGGGAAAGUUGUAGUGGUGAGCAAGGUUCCUCUUCCUAAUUACAGACCCGAUCUUGAUGAUAAACGGCCUCAAAGAGAGGUAGUAAUCCCACUAAGUUUGCAAAGGAGAGUAGAAGGCUUGCUCCAGGAGCAUAUAGAUAGAACACAACUCAGUAGUGCAAAAGCUGACAUCAUUUUAGAUGGUACUAAGUCCUCUGAUAUAGUUACAAAUGCGAAUAUGGAUGAAAAUCCAGAUUCAUUCUUGGAUGGCGCUGUCAUGGAGAAGGUUCUUCAAAGGCGGAGCUUACGCAUGCGUAAUAUGCAGAGGGGUUGGCAGGAAUCUCCUGAUGGCAACAAAAUGCUAGAAUUCCGGAAAUCUCUUCCUGCAUUUAAGGAAAAGGAAAGGCUGCUCCAAGCUAUUGCACGUAAUCAGGUGGUAGUAAUUUCUGGCGAGACAGGAUGUGGUAAGACCACUCAACUGCCACAGUACAUUCUAGAGUCAGAAAUAGAAUCUGGCCGUGGAGCAUUCUGUAGCAUAAUUUGUACUCAGCCUCGAAGAAUAUCUGCUUUGGCUGUUGCAGAAAGAGUGGCUACAGAAAGGGGAGAACCUCUUGGUGACUCAGUUGGUUAUAAAGUACGAUUAGAAGGGGUGAAAGGAAAAAAUACGCAUUUGCUAUUUUGUACGAGUGGUAUUUUGCUUCGUCGUCUUCUCAGUGACCGCAAUCUUGACGGUAUAACCCAUGUUUUCGUUGAUGAAAUUCAUGAACGAGGCAUGAAUGAAGAUUUCCUGUUGAUUGUGUUGAAGGAUCUUCUUCCACGACGCCCAGAUUUGAGAUUGAUUUUGAUGAGUGCUACUCUUAAUGCUGAAUUAUUUUCCAGUUACUUUGGAGGAGCACCUAUGAUUCACAUCCCAGGCUUCACAUAUCCUGUAAGAGCAAACUUUCUGGAAGAUGUGCUGGAAAUUACGGGAUAUAAGUUGACUUCAUUCAACCAAAUUGAUGAUUAUGGUCAGGAAAAGAUGUGGAAAACACAAAAACAGUUAGCACCCCGCAAAAAGAAAAAUCAGAUAACUGCUCUUGUUGAGGAUGCUGUAGACAAAUCAAACUUCGAGAAUUAUAGUCCAAGGGCACGUGAUUCACUAGCAUGCUGGGCUCCUGAUUGUAUUGGAUUCAAUCUUAUUGAGGCAGUUUUGUGCCAUAUAUGUCGGAAAGAACGUCCAGGUGCUGUAUUAGUAUUUAUGACUGGUUGGGAAGAUAUUAGUUGUUUAAGAGAUCAACUUAAAGCACAUCCUCUCUUGGGUGACCCAAAUAGGGUGUUGGUGCUCACUUGUCAUGGUUCUAUGGCUACCUCUGAGCAGAAACUCAUAUUUGAGAAGCCACCUCAGAAUGUACGUAAAAUAGUACUUGCAACAAAUAUGGCCGAGGCAAGUAUUACUAUAAAUGAUGUGGUCUUUGUGGUGGACUGUGGAAAAGCGAAGGAGACAACUUAUGAUGCGCUAAAUAAUACUCCGUGCUUAUUACCUUCAUGGAUUUCACAAGCUUCUGCACGACAAAGAAGGGGUAGGGCUGGCCGUGUCCAACCAGGCGAGUGCUACCAUUUGUAUCCACGAUGUGUGUAUGAAGCUUUUGCUGAAUAUCAACUACCCGAACUCCUGAGAACUCCUUUGAAUUCUCUUUGCUUGCAAAUAAAGAGUUUGCAGGUUGGAAGUAUUGCUGAAUUCCUAUCAGCUGCUCUUCAGCCUCCAGAAUCUUUGGCUGUGCAAAAUGCUAUUCAGUUUUUGAAGAUGAUUGGUGCAUUAGAUGAAAAUGAGAAUCUUACACAUCUAGGUAAAUUUUUAGCAAUCCUCCCUGUGGAUCCCAAGCUUGGGAAAAUGCUCAUUAUGGGUGCUAUUUUCCGAUGCUUUGAUCCUGUUUUGACUAUAGUGGCUGGUCUUAGUGUACGGGAUCCAUUUCUAUUGCCUCAAGAUAAAAAAGAUUUAGCAGGGACAGCAAAGUCCAGAUUCUCAGCCAAGGACUAUAGUGAUCAUAUGGCGCUUGUCCGUGCAUAUGAAGGAUGGAAAGAUGCUGAAAGGGAAGGUUCUGCCUACGAAUAUUGCUGGAGGAAUUUCCUCUCUGCCCAGACUCUUCAAGCUAUCCAUUCUCUUAGAAAGCAAUUUAUCUUCAUCUUGAAAGAUGCUGGAUUGCUUGAUGCUGAUACUGCAACUAACAAUAAACUAAGUUACAAUCAGUCUUUGGUUCGUGCUGUCAUAUGUUCUGGCUUGUAUCCUGGAAUUUCAUCAGUGGUGCACAGAGAGACAUCAAUGUCCUUCAAGACUAUGGAUGACGGACAAGUCUUUCUUUAUGCAAAUUCAGUCAAUGCUCGUUAUCAAACGAUUCCAUACCCUUGGCUGGUGUUCGGUGAAAAAGUGAAGGUCAAUACAGUCUUCAUACGUGAUUCUACUGGAGUAUCUGAUUCGAUUGUGAUCCUAUUUGGUAGUACUCUAGACUCUGGAGAUAUGGCUGGGCAUUUAAAGAUGUUGGGUGGAUACAUAGAGUUCUUCAUGGAUCCUACUCUGGCGGAUUGCUACAUAAAGCUCAAAGAGGAGCUCGAUAUGCUUUUGCAAAAGAAGCUUCAAGAUCCUGAGGUAGACAUCCACAAGGAAGGCAAAUACCUUAUGCUUGCUGUUCAGGAGCUGGUUUCAGGAGAUCAGUCUGAGGGCAGGUUUGUGUUUGGUCGUGAAAACAAGAAGCCUAAAGAUUCUAAGGACACUGAUAGAUUUACAAGGGACGGGACAAACCCAAAGAGUUUGUUGCAAACCCUACUUAUGAGGGCCGGUCACUCCCCUCCCAAGUACAAAACAAAGCAUCUAAAAACAAAUGAAUUUAGGGCACUUGCAGAGUUCAAGGGAAUGCAAUUUGUAGGUAAACCGAAGAGAAACAAAGCUCUUGCAGAAAAGGAUGCUGCAAUAGAGGCACUAGCAUGGUUGACUCAAACAUCUGAAAAGAAUCAUGAUGAAGAUGAUAAAUCUCCUCCUGAUGUCACCGAUAACAUGCUGAAACUUCUUGGUAAACGCAGGAGAUCAAAGCGUCGGUGAGGUUGUGGACACCAGAUAUUUUUAAUAGUUGAUAGUGUGGACCACUAGAAGACAAACUUGAAGCUUCCAGUUGAUCAACCUCCAGACUCUUUAUCACUUUUGGAAGACCAAAUACGCCAAGAUCUGAUAAUGGUGGUGCCAGUUUUGGCCCUGGUUUACAGGUAUCAGAUUCAGCUUAGGCUCAUAAAAAAGUAAGUGUACAUAAGCGCAAAGUAGGGCCAUGGAUUGUCACCAGAUGGCUGCAUUAAUAAACUAGAACAGUUGACCAGAUUGCAAAAAUAGGGAGCUGUGAGGUUCUGUUCUUUGAAGUGGCAUAAAUGCUAGGUCAUCUAAGUUGCAACUAACAGGGAUCCUGCAACCAUUUUUGUUUAAUCACCACGGCUUGUUCUUUGCGUAUACAGUAAAAGUGUCAUGCUUCCGCGCAACCCCAGAGCUAUCCACAAGAAAGCGACUUUAGCUGAACUUACAUUUUCUACAGUUUUACAAGGAGAGGGUUUCAACAGCUUAUCUUGAAUAUGAAUUGAGCAGUCUCUUAAAGAUUCUACAUUCCAUAGCAGAUCAUAGAUUAUGGCUCGAGCAUGUUGCUUCUCUCCCUCGACAGAGUUUCUUGCUGUAACAAAGAGAAGGUAUUUGGAGGAAGAAAAAAUAUUGAUGGACGAUUAAAAUAUUCACUCAUAUCAAACUUGGGCAGAGUACCUGAAGAAGCCUAUAACAUUAUGUGGUUUCUAAUUAGGUUUUAUUGUACAUUAGCUUGUUUGAUCGUUGUUACUUUAUGCAUUAGCUUAUUUUAUUGUUGUAACUUAAACUAUAGAUUUUCAGCUGCAUAUGAAUUAGUCAUUAUUUGAGCAGCACACUAAUGCAAAAUUAACCAGUUGUACUCAUAACUUAUUCAGUUAGUUGGGUUUAAUCUGUUUUUGGUUGUAUUAUAUUUAUGUCACAGGAAUUUGGCCUCAAGGUCUAGGGGUUAACUUGUCUAUUCAGCCUAUGCAUAUAUUAUGUCCAUUUAUGGAUAAAUGAACUUAUAAUUA